AAUGAGUUAAUUUUAAAGACCUACUUCAUCAAGAAAAGGCACAAAUAAUCUUCCAACAUAAUCAGGUGAUUUAGAAGAAUAUAUGUAUUAAAUAAAUUAUAUAGUAGUCAAAUAUUAUUUGAUCAUUAAAAGAGUUGUGAGAAAGCUGGAAAGUAUUUGGAAGCAGAUUAAGCUAAAAAAAGAUUAGCAGAAUUAAAAAAAGAAUUAGAUAUAAAAAAUAAAGGAGAUGUAAAAGAUAGACAUUGUUCAGAGAAAUAAGAGAUUGAGAAAGCACAUCUUGAAGAAUUCAAUUAAUUUAAUUAAUUUUGGGAUUAAAAGAUGAUAGAGUUUGAUACUGAAGCACAAAAGAUUAAAGAAUAAACACUUUAAAGACAUGAAGAUGAAUUAAGAUAAUUUUCUGAAGAAUUAGAAAAUUCACUUCCUUUAAAACCAAAAGAUUCAGCUGAGCUUUUAGCUUUGAAAAAGACAGAAGAAUAAUUGGCUAGAUAAGAGAAGUAUUUUAUAUAAUGUUAUAUAUUUAGUUAUUUGGAAGCUCAUGUAAUUCAAUCUAGAAUUUAGGCAUAAGAAAAAGAUGAAUAUGAAAAAUGGACAUCAUGUAGAUAAUAAAAGAUUAGAAAUUUAAUUACUCAAUUAAGAUAGAAAUAAAUAAAUGAAUUGAAUGCUUUAACAUAAAGAAUAUUAAGUGGAUAAGAAGAAUAAAGAAAAAUUCGAUCUCAAGAAUUAGAAAAGUGAAUUUUUUGAUCUAAUUUUAGGUUACUAUAAAAAUAUCAAAAUGUGAGAAAAGAAUUAGAAAGUCAAUAAACUUAAGAAAUUACUAGACUAGAUAAGACAAGCAAAACUUAAUGUAUAAUAUAUAUAUUUAGAAUUUAUAGCUAUUAUGUAAUAAUCCAGAAUGAAUCAAUCAAGAAUGUAAUAAAGUUAAACAAAAGAUGAGAAUCAGUAUAUAAGAUGA